AUGCCGCCUCGGUCGUCUUUGACGUCGUCCUUUUCCAUUACAGACUCCAACAAUGAAGUUGUCUGUCCAUUGCGAAACCAGGAUGGCUCCAGCUGCAGGAAAAGAUGUGUUGGCGAAAAACGCUAUCGUUCCAUGCAGGAACACAUCCGCCGUACUCAUGCUGCGCACUACAUCUCCAAGCUCCCAGCUACGGAAGAGAGCUUUCUUCUCAUGACCAGCACACCCCCCUCGGAUCGCCGACUACCAGAGAGCCCAUUAUCAGCCUCAAAAAGCUUUCAUGACCGUCUGUCGCUCCACCCUGACGAUUUGAGCAAUCCUCCAACACCACGCCUUUUAGAUGAUUCAAUUGGCAACCCUCUACUCGGCGCUCAGAAUGCAGCUGCAGCGUUGGCAGAGCUUCAUGGGGUCAAAUCAGAAAGAGAUAUAAACGACGUGGACCAUAUGUAUGACCAUGACGCCCGGCGCUAUCCUCGCAGCUCCAUAGAAUUGCCUCCUCUGAACCUACCACAUGAUAUCACAAGCGAUCCGUCUAAGCGACCACGCGAUAUUCUUCCGUCUUUGCUUGCCAACUCUCCACCUGGCCGUUCCUCCACAUUGCCUCCAUUACAACGUCCGUCUGGCCCCCACCGAUUGAAAAAAUCAGGCGUAUCCAAGAAACAUCGGCCUGGCCAUGGCAAGAAAGAAUCCCGAGGAUCUGCGGCAGAUUGGUUGCGCCGAAUUCAGAACGAAGAGCGGAGACCAGGCAAUGAUAGGAAGGCACUUUCUGCCGAGCCAUCGGCGGAUUAUGGCAAGCGAUGGGAAGAUCUCAUUGACGCUGCUGAUCAAGCUGCUUCCAUGGCUGGUGACAUUGAUGAGGACCGCACACCGGUAUUACUCUCUCCGGCCGAUCGCAUCAUAUGCUUUGGCGCUGACGAUACGUUUCAGGGUCCUCAUUCACCGAUUUCCAUACAUCGGUCGUCUUUGCCACCCUUCACUCAUCCGCAAUUGCACACAGGAAACUAUCAAGCCUCGCCACUGCAGCAAGCCUUGACACCCCCGUCCAACAAUCAAGACUUAAUUGACCCCUUCCCCUCCGUGGAGAGUGGAGAGAGCGGGGAUACAUUCCAUAUGGACUCCCGUGGUCUGUCCGAUUCUUCCCCAACCUACUCUUCCCAGAACAUCCAGAUUUAUUGUGCCGCCUGCCAGGGGGUAUCUAGACUCCGAAACUCGUAUGCAUGUACGGAAUGUAUAUGCGGGCUCUGCCCCACCUGCGUUGAGGUCCUCAUGUCGGAACACGGAGCGCGGAGGAAGUGCCCACGCUGUGCUACCAUCGGCGGCCGGUUCAAGCCUUUCCAGCUCGACAUCAGAUGA